AUGUCCACACUUAACCCGAUUUCGUUCAUCGGUUUUGGUUACGGUGCCGGCGCUAACGUAUUGAGUCGGUUUGCACUCAACUGUCCCGAUAUGGUCGAGGGAUUGUUUCUCAUUCAUCCAUCAGCAACGGCCAGUACAUGGACUGAAUUGAAAACGUUGGACAUCACGCGCGACGAUAAACACGAAACGAUUCGGUGCAGUGUUGCCCUGAUAUGUGGACAGUAUUCGGCGCAAUAUGUGGACGAAUCGGUCAAAAUGAACAGCCGAUUGUGUCCGAGCGACUCGACAUGGAUUAAGUUGUCGGAUGUGUCGAUGGUCUUAGAAGAACAGCCGUACAAAGUGGCCGAAACUUUUUUUGGCUGUUUCUCCAAUGGUUUGGGCUAUACGUUGAAAGCCUAUCGGAAAAAGAGGGCUCUUAUGAUGGGAAUGUCGAUGCCAUGUCUGGCCAGAUCUCGGCUUAGCUUAUAUAGUGGUAGCGCUGACACCGGCGGGCCGUCAACUGGUGGUUACUCCAGGGGUUGGGCUAUACAGGGCCCCAAUGUUGGGAAAGUCAAAGCCAUGUCUAACCAACAAAAUUAA